AUGGGUUUUUUCGCUAACAUCAAACACACAUACGGCAGUGAGGCACACCACCUACUGAAGAAGUUGUUCAAUGACACUAUGAAGUUGGCUGCAGUGAAGAACAGACGCAUUUUUUUACUACAGUGCAGAUACAAAACGGUGUUCCCCAAGCAUAUAACCAACAAUAUUGGGUGUUUACUACCUUUACAGACUGAGAAACACCCAUUCAAGAAAAAUGUUGAUAAGAUCUUGAACAAACUUAAGAAAUCGGCUUUAAAUAUUGAGAUUGAUAUAACUGAGUGGAAAUAUAGACAACUCCUAAGCUCCACACGAUUGCAGAGGGGUCAACUGAAGCUUCUCUUGCCUGAGAGUAUAUUUGUGAACACUCUGAAAGCCAUUGAGACCAAAUUCAAUGUAGAAUUUGAACGUAUUAAGAGGGGAAAUAUCAGGAAGAUCGGAGACCUAUUGAGGAAUACAGCGGACGUACUUGUUGCAGAUGGGAAUGGCUUCAUACAUAACUAUACACAGACUGUAUUACCCGGGCCAGUCCAGAGAGUUUUAUCGUUGGGGAGACAGUUUGGCCUUCCCUUGUCGAACUCAGAAAUUCCAAUCCACAGCAUCAUAAAAGAUCUAGAAUAUUGUAUUCACAACUGCCAGAAUGACGAAACUGAGAAAAAUAGAAUAAGAGCCUUUACCACUAACAUCUUAACCAAUUUUUGUAGACAACAUGUAAACCUGAAAUCCGAGAGGAGACUGAUGAAAGAGGUGAACGAGACUAAACAUUUUCUCAGACUCCAUGAUGACAUUUUAGUGGGGAGAUCAGACAAGGGUAAUUCAACGGUGAUAAUGUUCGUGAAAGAAUAUGAGGAUAAAAUGUUGGAAAUGCUUGCAGACCGAAAUACAUAUAAGCCAAUGGAUAAAGACCCAACCAAGAAAUAUCAAGAACGAGUGAAUGGUUUCGCCAAGAGGUUACUUGAAGAUGGAUACAUAGACAAAACAAAGAGUAAAAUGAUCAGUAUCCACAAUGCUGUUCCGCCGAAGAUUUAUGGACUAAGAAAAACUCACAAGGACACUUUCGCUUUGAGACCCAUUGUAAGCUGCAUUAAUGCCCCCUGUUAUAACUUGGCGGUCUUUUUACACGAAAUCUUAGCGCCAGUGACAACAACAUUCAAGUAUGAAGUUAAGAAUUCAUUUGAGUUUGUUAAUUCAUUACUUCCUAUUCAGAGGGACGAUAUAUUCACAGUUGGAUGGUAG